GUAUUAUUAAAGGUCACAAACACAAACAGGUGCUGAGAGACAGGUAAAGCACAGCUUAAAUCAGUAAUCGGUUUGAAAAAGGCUGCAAUAUGACCUGCUUGCAUUAGGUAGCCUCUUUCUUUGCCUACUGACAUGUGUGACACCUAACUCCUCAUGAAUCAUUCAGUCUGGGAGAGAAAGUGCUUCCUAUUUCCCUGAGAACUGUCUCAGACUUUGGUACUCAACAAGACGAUGCACAAAACUAGGGACUGUUGCUGGCCGGUCCUUCUCUGGUGGCUCUGUAGCCCAGCACUAAGGAUUGUUUUUGGGCUAAAUGCAACACGAAUACAUGAGCGGCAGCCCCCUUGUCAGCCAGGUCACUACUGUCCAGAAGGCAGUGAAACUGCAGUGCCAUGUCCCAGAGGAAUGUUUUCACCGAGUUUUUGGGCCAGGGACAUCACUGGUUGUAUCAGCUGCCCUCCACAUCACUAUGCUCCCACAGAGGGUCUGUCUGCCUGUCUGCCCUGUGGAUCCAGAGCACAACAGCAUCAACCUGGCCAGGAUAAAUGUGUAUGCCUAGCAGAGGGUCAAGUCUUCCAGGCCAGUGAUGGGCAGUGUCAGUGUGCUCUGGGGUACCGUGCUACACAAAGAGGAGAGGCCUGUGAGCUAAAGAUAUAUGAGAUCUGCAAAAACGGACAAACACGGGAUCAGUAUGGCAAGUGUAUGGAUCACAAGCAGUGGAAACAUCUUUGUACUCAUGAGGUGUGUGCGUCUCCACAGCUGUAUGAAGGCUACGAUGCCUCUCUGGGUCUGUGUGUCUGCAAAAGUCUGAGUGAUUCAGGAAGAAGUGAGUGCUCAGGAUGGUGUGGAGACAGGACGAGACCUGUGUUGCAGCUGGUGUGCAGUUCUGCUUUCCUUACACUGCUUUACACUGAGGCAAAUAGACAGGUGAGUGCAUCAGGAAGUGCGCUUUUAUCUGUCCUCAAACAUUGGGAGUCCAGAGGAAGGCUGCAAUGUGAGCAGCAUCACGGCUUCUCCAGGCCCGUGUACACAAUACAGACGAAGGAAAGUGGAUUCUAUGGCUUCCUCAGCACUAUCCCAGCAGAAGUCCGGAUGUUGAUCUUGGAAGGUAGUGAAGUGAGUGCCAGUUCUGUUGAGAUCAUGAACAGACACAGUGUGGGAAACCAUACCUAUGUGGAUAUGGAAUCCUAUUGGUCCAUGGGUCCUGCUUCAAGAGGAGCCAGGAAUAGAGAAGCCGAUCAAGUGAUGAACCCAAUAGCUUGCUUGCAUCUGGAGGACAUUCUUUUAUUCACUGUCACCAGGCACCACUAUCCACAGUAUGAUGUAGAGAACUUGUUCAACACUAAUGCUGCUUUCGACUGGGGAGUCUUUAGAGUCUUGGAACAAGAGCUAGUAAUGGCACGAUCUGCAAACUCCCUCUUUUCAGUUAGCUUCACUGAGCCUGGUGUGUACGUCCUCAAACUGAGCAGCAAUCAACACAAGCAUGUGUAUGUAAAGGUUUUGCCUGCUGGAGGAGAUUGCUAUGACAAUGGUCCAUUCUUUCCUACUGACCCACAUCAUAUGAUUCGAGUGGGAAUAACAAUCCAACGCCAGGUCCUGCUGCGACCCGAUUGGUGGGUGAUUGGAGGUCUCUUGGCUGGAGCCACAGUUGUGCUCUGCUUGUGUCUUGUAGUACUGAUCUUGUUCAGGGAGCAUGGCUGGCCAGAGAAGCUGCCUUUUCAAGCCAGGUACCGAGAUCUACAGCUCAAGUACAACAUGGAUGACUAUUCAUCGAAAGGUUCAAGGGUCAUGGCACUGAAAAAGACGCACCGGAACCUGCAGGUUGGAAUGAACGAGGACCCGAUUCUGAGAGCUAUGGCUGAAACCUCAGACGAGUUCUGGGACUAUGAGGAGCAGGUGAACCUGGAGGCUUUCAGUUCCAGCACCUUUUAUGAGAUCUUGCUUAAGCACAGCGUGUCUGUUACUAGCCAGCUUGGGCAGCUCAGAGAAGAGGUGAAGCAGCUCUAUCAAGGAGUGCUGGAAAAGAUACGUGGGCUCCAGCCUGACCGGCGGGCAAUGGUGGUAGGGUGCAAGCUGGAGUGUUUGGAGAGGCAAGUGGAGAAAGAGAUAAGCCGCAGGAAAGUUCUGGGCACCCAGAUUUCCCAGCUGCUAGAAAGCCAGCUUCAGAUCCUACAGAAUGAGUCACAGUCCCAGCAUGCCAUGCACAAGGCUUUCUCACCACUGCUCAGGGAAUGCCUUCGGUUGCUGAUGCUGGUUUCUGACAGCCAGGCCUCUCUCUGGAACAAACCCAUUCAGCAGUGUGUUAUGGACAGAGUUACUGUGCUGGCUGAGGAGAUGGCAGAGCUGGUCUCAGUGGAGGCGGAGAGGCAGGGUUGCUGGGUCGUGCUCAAACAGGGGACUGGAGCACGUCUUCUUUGCCCCACUUCUGGAUCAGUCCUCACUAGGGAUGACAUUAUCUCACCUGACGGGUCUGUCCGGGCCUGUGAUACAGUCCAUGUGGACCCCUGCACAGGCCUCAUCCAUCCAAUCUUGAAUGCCCACAUGCUCCUGGCUAGUGGACACAGCAUGCCUGUGCCCUCUGAUUUCUUCCUGCAUCCUCACACUGGCCGGUUGCUCCCCAUGGCUGGGAAUGUUGGAUUUGACCCCUCCAGCUCUGCCCUUGUCUACACAGCCGAUGCUUGUAUGGGUGAAGUUGGAAAAUGGGAGUCACCUGUGAUUCCGUUUAUUCCCUACCCUUCAUCUCAUCACUCUGAGCUGCUAGGGCCAUCCAAGUUGGGAAGCCUCCAACCAGGCCAGAAGCUUGUAUUUGGGGGACCCAUGUAUGACUAUGAAACUGGUGUACUUGUCCCGAUCUUGGCAGUCACCAUUCACCCCCAGACAGGGACGGUUUACCCGGUAGGGGGAGUUCACGUGUGCCCUGUGACUCGACUCCGCCAGCCCAUUCAAAUCGGUUGUCCGAUGCUGGAUCCUCGCACAGGCAAUGUGGUGCUCAUCACAGGUGUUACUUUGGACUCACAAACAGGUGCCGUGCUUCCAGUAGGAGGUCUACUGCUUGGUGAAUCCUUCAUUGAGCCCCUGAGUGGCAGGCUGGUGCAUGUCAGUGGAGGUAGCAUCCGGGGAGGGAAAGUUGUGCCACAUGCAGGGGGUUUCCAGGCUCUACUGGACAGCCAAGCUCUUGGUGCACGGGUGCAGGUGGUGGAGCUGAUACGGGCUUCCUGUGAAGAGUGGAAAUCUGGGAGUCAAGAGCUCCAAAAUGAGAUUAGCAGAGUGAAGGCAGCUGCCUCAGAUUUAGAGCUAGCCUGGAGAAACAGUCAGCACAGCAUGAUUCAGCUGCUGAGUUGUCUGGAGGCUCAGCAGGAGUGGGCCUGGUGGGUGGCUGAAGAUGGAGGCACUUUAGGUGAGAUUAAUCUGCCCGGCACUGACCAAUCCCUGCCUGCUCUGCCAGGCCUGGAAUAUCCCGACCCUGGAGGUUCUGGUUUAUCAGUCCCAGUUCUUGGAGAACAGCUGGAUUGGAUGUCAGGGUGUAUGGUGCCACUUGCUGGAACCAUGGAAGAUGCAGAUGGCAAAGGGUUGGUUCCGAUCCGCUUUGGGGCACAGACUGUAGACCCUGUGACGGGGGUUGUAGGUCCGGUGGUUGGAGCUCGGCUAGACGUGUGGAAGAGGACUGUAGUCCCAGUGACCGUGUCCCAGUGCCUGAAUAUAAGAGACACUCCAGACAGUGUGCUGGCAGAGGCCUUUCAGAAGGAGUGCAGCAUGAGGGCCCAGUUCUGGAGACAGCAGCGAGUGAAGGAGGAGGACCUAGUGGCCGAUUUAGACAGAGCUCUGCAAGACUACCUUUAUACAGCCUUACAGGAGGAGUCAGAUCACUUUGUGUGGACAGACACAGAGAAGCAACUAAAGGAGGCUGCAGCAGAGCUUCAGGAGGCAGUCAAUAAAGAGGCUCAGAGAAGAAAUGCUGUAAAGUCGGAGCUCUCUCUCCUGCUGCCCGGACACAUCCUGCUGACUCUUACUGGAGGUGACGUCUGCGAUGAAGAAGAGUGGAAGCAGCAGCAGCACUGGCACACUGAACUGACCACAGUGUUGAACAGAGUCAGUGUGUUUAUGGCAAGGCAGCAGUGGGAGCAAGAUCGGGCCACAAAUCUGGGUGGUGCGCAGCGGGAUGAGAAGACAAGGCAGAAGGAGCUGUGGGAGCAAUUAAAGCAGAGACAUGCCGAGCUGGACGUUGCUCUUUCUUCAGUGCACUGGGCCUGCGAGCUCAGCCAGCUCCGUGCUGAUACUGCAGAGGCCAUAUUAUCAGGCUCAUUCUCGUAUAGGGAUUAUGGUAUGGUGCAGCACAGAGGCAGAAAAAACCCUCUGAAAGCAAUGGCGCUGACUCAGCACAAAAUCCUCCCUCAGUUGGAUCGCCUCAUUCAGCUGCUGGAGGAUGGCAAACUUUCCCGUCUCUUCAUCGGUGCCCAGAGCCACCGGAGCUCAGACCUGCCAAUGAAGCAGGUGUUUGACAGGGACACAAGCUCAAGAGCAUGGACUGUGUCAGUCCCUGUAGCUAAAGAUGCCAAUCAGUUUUGCUGUGCAGCAGUUUCCGCUCAAUCCCUGAAAGAUCAUGAAAAGGCUUCGUCUGUGAGGACUGGGCGAGUUUGCUGGAGCUCUCUCCACUCUUCCGGCUUAUCCAAGAUGUGGAACAGCGGCUCAGAGACCGAGCAAAAGGCCCAGGCUUUCUCAGUGGUGAGCACACAGGUUCGUGGUGCCCCUUUAUUGAUUUCUUGGAUGCGCAGUGGGCUUGUGAAGGAGAGCUUGUCAAAGUUGCCGAAGACACUCUUAAUCCCCGGGAGUUUCUCAUCUACCAGCACGGACAGCUUCUUCUCCAACUGCUACACACACACCGAGUGGUUUGAAUCUCCCUAUUGUCUCUCACACACACUCCUUCAUUUUGAUUUAUUGUGAGGAAUAUUUUACACCCACUGAACAAUGACAUAAUGGAAUGGUUGAUGUAUUGGAAAGUUACUCCGAUUAGUUAUGCUUGGGUUUGUACUUUCCAGGCACCAGCAGUGAAAUUACACCUCGCCUCGAGUCUUCCUACAAAUAACUACCACUGCAAUGCUUUCCGCAAUUCCUUUCAUUACCAGGUAUUUAUAGAAGUAAAGUAAGCAUGCGGUAAUGUUAAAAAACUGUCUUGAAGAUGAAAGAUGACACAGGAGAUAAUUUUUACUUAACAUAAUAUCAUUUAUUUUAGGUGGUUUGAUGCAUUUAGAAUUUCUAGCAUUAUACAGCUGGACAGGCUUUGCAGUUUUAGGAUCUGAAUAUUAGGAUCUUUCCACAUUCUUAUCAACAGUGAAAGAAAAACCCAGAAUGGUCACUGAAAUAACCUGAAACUGACCAAAGUAAUAAUAAAUAAAAAUGUACUGAAAAUUUGACGAAUGAAAAUCUGACGUCGCUUUUGAAUUGUGGUUCAACAGAAGCAUUAAAAACAACAAAACAAUUUAAUGAAACUGGCCUGGACAAAAAUGAUGGUAGAAAAGAUUGAAAAUAAUUUGACCAUAGGGACAUGUUAAAUUAAAAUGUGUCCUGUAAUUAGCAUCAGAGGUGUCUUCAAACUUGUAAUCAGUCAGUCUGCCUAUUUAAAGAGUAAAAAGUAGUCACUGUGCUGGUUGGUAUCAUGAUGUGCACCAUGGAGCACAGAAAGCUAAGGAGAGAGUUGUCUCAGGAGAUUAGAUGUUAAAGGUAAAGGCUAUAAGACCAUCUCCAAGCAGCUUGAUGUUCUCCAGUGAUGACUCCAGUUGUUUUCUCAGGAUGCAGUGGGCAGUACCUACCAAAAGUGGUCCUGACAUUCAUGUGGUGAUUACUCUGACACGUAGCACCUAACUAAAAAUCGUUGCAGACCAAGUACUCAUCUUCAUGGCAACAACAUUUCCUGAUGGUAGUUGCCUCUUUCACCCUGUCACACUGCUAAGAAUUGUUUUGAGGAACAUGACAAAGAAUUCAAGAGCCUCCAAAUUCUACAAAUCUCAGUUUGAUCCUUAGAGGCUCCAACUCACAAGGCUUUAUUGUCAACACACCUACAAAUACUUUUCUUUGCAUAUCUCAGUUGAGGAAGUUGGGGUCAGAGUUGAUACAGUGCCACUAGAGCAGAGAGGGUUAAGAAUCUAGGGCACUGGGGCUUGAACCACAAACUUCUGAUCAACAACCCAGAGCCAUAACCACUUGAGCUACUACUUUAAUGCUAUGGCUGAUUAGUGUACUACAUAUACUUCUGUGUUUAAACACAUUAAGAUAUCUGUAUCAUGACAGAUGUAACUACAGUCAAGUUUCAUAUGUAUUUAAGAUGCUUCAGGAAAGAUCUUCUGUAGUGAUUGGUUGACCAGGAAACUACACUAUUGAAUUCAGGUGUAGUUUUUCAGGGGUUGGGCUCGGCCCCUUAGUUCCAGUGAAAGGAACUCUUAAUGCUUCAGCAUACCAAGACAUUUUUGACAAUUUCAUCCUCCCAACUUUGUGGGAACAGUUUGGGGAUGACCCCUUCCUGUUCCAACAUGACCGCACACCAGUGCACAAAGCAAGGUCCAUAAAGACAUGGAUGAGUGAGUUUGGUGUGGAGGAACUUGACUGGCCUGCACAGAGUCCUGACCUCAACCUUUGGGAUGAAUUAGAGCGGAGACUGUGAGCCAGGGCUUCUCGUCCAACAUCAGUGCCUGACCUCACAAAAUGCUCUUCUAGUGGAAUGGUCAAAAAUUCCCAUAAACACACUCCUAAACCUUGUGGAAAGCCUUCCCAGAAGAGUUGAAGCUGUUAUAGAUGCCAAGGGCUUGUAAGGUGCAUGUAAAGACAGGCGUCCCAAAACUUUUGCCAAUAUAGUGUAUCACCCUUUGAAAUCAAUGAUCAAUAUAACAUACUUAAAGCUUUUACAGUGCCACUUCUUGUGUUAUUUCCCCCCCUGUUAAAUCCCUUUACAAACAGCUUAUAUGAUUAGUUGAACAUCAUUUAAAUGAUGCAUCCCAUUUUAACAGUACUAAAGCAGGCUUUAAUUUACUCUGUAAAGAAUUUAACACCAUCCAUGAAGAUCUUUUCUGUAAGCAGAAAUCACCAGAAAAUGCUGAUGUGUAUCCAGAUACAGGUGAAUUAGGUAAAAGUUUAAGGCUGCAAAUUGGGCUUAAAAAAUAAAAUAACUAAAUUUUAAUUAAUUUAGUUGCUGUGUUACUAUAGCUAAAGACUAAAACUAGUGUUUUAUGCCUGUUAGCUAGCUAAAGUGUUAAAAAUGAUCCAUUAAUGGUCUCAGCUGUGCCUACUCUUCGUUAAAGGAAGGCAAAAUAUAAGGCAGAGGAGGUAAGAUGUAUGGCUAAUGUUUACAUUGUAAUUGCUCUGGCACUGCUUGCGUUCAUUUUGGGAUCGAUAAGAACGCAGACCUGAUGAUGCUGAAGCUGCAACACCACCGCCACUUCUCACUGUGUUGACGUGUGUCAAUAGGUUAUAAAAAAUUAGCGUCUGAAUGGUUUCCAAAGCACUGACUGUGUCUGUAGGAGAUGGAUAACUCUCUGUACGUGCGCCAGCAGAGGCUGCAGUCUGUCGGAGGUUUCUCUCUGCUGCUUCUGCACUGUGCUGCUCACAUAUCCACCGACCAACUAAGCGUUGACACAACUGCUGAUUUCCAAAGGGCUUUC